AUGUCAACUACAUCGCGACUAUUUCAAUUAAGCGGAACUUGCAACAAUUACCCAUGGGGUAAGAAAGGCCAUGAUUCUCUCGCUGCUAGGCUUUGCGAGAAGACUCCCGGGGCUGGAUUUGCUGUAAAUGAUGAUCAGUAUUAUUCUGAACUCUGGUUUGGCGACUAUCCCAACUUUCCAGCGAGGGACUUGGAAACUGGCCAACCACUUGCCGAAUUGUUAAAAGCCCAUAAAGAAAGUCUCUUGGGCUCAUACUCGAUGAAGAAGUUUGGAGACCAGCUUCCAUUUCUUCCAAAGAUCCUUUCAAUAGACAAAGCUUUGCCAUUGCAAAUUCACCCGAAUAAACCGCUCGCGGCCAAGCUUCACGAGAAGAAUCCAGACAAGUUCUCAGACUCUAACCAUAAGCCGGAGAUUGCGGUGGCGCUGUCGCGAUUCGAGCUCUUCGCUGGCUGGAGAGACCUAAACCAGAUAUCUCCCUUGUUCAACAUUCCGAGCCUACGGGGUUUCGUACCCGAAGGAACGGAGUCCUGGAACGACGAAACGCUCAGAAACAUAGUUCGUGGGAUAUUAAAGGCAGAUGAACAAACUGUUCAGAAUAUCGAAGAGGACUUGAAGCGACAGUCUGAACGAGAUAUCGAGAGACUAGGUUACCCGAGCUCCAUGUUCGAGCUAAUUCGCCGCCUUCAAUCUCAAUACUCAGCCACAGACCCCGGAUUAUUGGUCGCGAUACUAUGCAUGAACUAUCUUGUCCUGGAACCUGGAGAGGCAAUCUUCAUUGCCGCUGACGGCGUCCAUUGUUACUUGUCUGGGGACAUCGUGGAGUGCAUGGCUCGUUCCAAUAACAUGCUCGCAGGUGGACUCUGUCCUGUUGCCGACCGCGACAGUAUUGACCUUUUUGCCGAGACUCUUCGGAUUGACUCAAGUACGCGGUUGGAUAAUCUGAGGUUGCCAGCCAGGCCGAGUGAAGAGGUGGCAAACGGACAUGCCUUACUUUACCAGCCCCCAAUUGGCGAAUUUGACAUGGUUCGGAUUGACAUGCCGGCUGGAAAGGAGGAGUUGAUUUGGGAUCACAAGGGUCCUACCGUGGCUAUUGCGAUUUCUGGCGAGGGCACAAUUUUGGGGGAUGGAAAAGAACUUGCCGUCAAAGACGGAUACAUUUUCUACAUUGCGGCGGAAACCACUACGAUGCUACGCGCAGAGACUGCCUUGCAGAUAUACGCUGCUGUUAUACGAUAA